UUACCCCUUCUACCUCACGGUCAAGAGGGCGAACUGCAGCCUGGAGGUAGCCCCAGCCAGCAGUCCGGUCAAGGAUGCCGAGGAAUGUCUUGGAGAAUCUGAAGUCCUGGCCUAACCCUCAAAACUUUCAAAGCAAUGGCUGAAAAAGAAAGAUGAGCAUCUUGAGGCUCCCUCUGGAAAUGGUUGAGGUUCACUACAGCAAUUGGCAAGUUUGGCUUUUUCCAUCAAAAUUUGGUGUCUUCAUGUGCUGUCCGGCAUCUACUGCAGGUCAGAUGGACCUUAGGAAGGCAAGGGAGCCUAGUAAUAAACGGGUCAAGCCCCUUUCCAGAGUCACAUCACUAGCAAACCUCAUCCCACCGGUGAAGACCACACCAUUAAAGCGCUUCAGCCAAACCCUGCAGCGUUCCAUUAGCUUCCGCAGCGAGAGCCGUCCUGACAUCCUCACUCCCCGACCCUGGUCCAGAAAUGCCGCCCCCUCAAGCACAAAGCGGAGAGACAGCAAGCUGUGGAGUGAGACCUUCGAUGUGUGCGUCAAUCAGAUGCUUCCGUCCAAGGAAAUCAAACGUCAGGAGGCAAUCUUUGAGCUUUCCCAAGGAGAAGAAGACUUGAUAGAGGACUUGAAAUUGGCAAAAAAGGCCUAUCACGACCCCAUGCUGAAACUCUCCAUAAUGACAGAGCAAGAGUUGAAUCAAAUUUUUGGAACACUGGACUCUCUCAUUCCUCUACAUGAAGAACUCCUCAGUCAGCUUCGAGACGCUCGGAAGCCUGAUGGCUCCACUGAACAUGUGGGCCCCAUCCUCGUGGGCUGGCUGCCUUGUCUCAGCUCCUAUGACAGCUACUGCAGCAAUCAAGUAGCUGCCAAGGCUCUGCUGGAUCACAAAAAACAAGAUCACCGAGUCCAGGAUUUCCUACAGCGAUGUUUAGAAUCUCCCUUUAGCCGCAAGCUGGAUCUCUGGAAUUUUCUCGAUAUUCCAAGAAGCCGUCUAGUGAAAUACCCACUGCUUCUUCGAGAAAUCUUGAGGCACACACCAAAUGAUAAUCCAGAUCAGCAGCACCUGGAAGAGGCUAUAAACAUCAUUCAGGGAAUCGUGGCAGAAAUCAACACCAAGACUGGGGAAUCUGAGUGCCGCUAUUAUAAAGAACGGCUUCUUUACUUGGAAGAAGGCCAGAAAGACUCUCUAAUCGACAGCUCAAGAGUGCUGUGUUGUCAUGGAGAACUGAAAAACAACCGAGGCGUGAAGCUGCAUGUUUUCCUGUUCCAAGAAGUGCUUGUGAUCACUCGAGCCGUAACGCACAAUGAGCAGCUCUGCUACCAGUUGUACCGGCAGCCAAUCCCUGUAAAAGACCUUCUACUGGAAGACCUGCAGGAUGGAGAAGUGAGGCUGGGCGGCUCCCUGCGUGGCGCAUUUAGCAACAAUGAGAGAAUUAAAAACUUCUUCAGAGUGAGUUUCAAAAACGGAUCCCAAAGUCAGACCCACUCACUACAAGCCAACGACACCUUCAACAAGCAGCAGUGGCUCAACUGUAUCCGUCAAGCCAAAGAAACAGUGCAGUGUGCUGCCGGGCAGGCUGGGGUGCUGGAUUCCGAGGGACCGUUCCUAAAUCCCACCACCGAGAGCAGAGAGCCACAAGGAGAAACAAAACUUGAGCAGAUGGACCAAUCAGACAGUGAGUCAGACUGUAGUAUGGACACGAGUGAGGUCAGCCUUGACUGUGAGCGCAUGGAACAGACAGACUCUUCUGGUGGGAACAGCAGGCACAUUGAAAGCGACGUCUGACAGAAGCAUGUGUACUUCCUGGAAGUAGACCUGUGUCUUACCUGUACAGUAUUUGCAUUCCAUACAUGGAACGGUUUGGAGAAGCACUUUUUAAUAUUUCUGUGACCGUGUUGACCCAGUCACUUGUAUCUGUACCUUUGUCCUUAGUACUGUAACUGCCAAUCUGUCUGUGUAAGCUGGGAUCUGUGGCAACUGGUUCCCUGUAUUGUAUUUCACAAGUGUCUGGAUGGACGGAGGGGUACUUGAACAAGUUACUUUCAAUUGUCCUGCUGGAUUUUAAAAACUAGAAAAGAAUCUCUAAACUACUGUUUCAUGUAGAUUGCUUAAAAGAGUCUUCUCAUGUUUCUAUAAUGCUUUUCUAGCUCUUUGACAUGGUAGCUGAAGGCAUGAAUUAUACAGGGCCUUGCAAACAGGGCAUGAGGAAGUCACUUGUGUGUCGUGAUGGUAUUUGAAGGAAAAUGGGAAAAGAUCAAUCCUUGCAGUGACUUGGUUCAAUGUUAUCCAACCAGAAAGCAUGAAAACAUCCCUGGGGAUUCUGGACCCUUAAUUUUGCAAAGCAAGAAGCACUGUGUUGACCUUGCAAUGUCAUCCAGUGCAGAUUUGAUGCAAUAAUCUAUUAGGAUGUGGAAUGGUGUCUGACCUUAAAAGAACCAGCAUAAAAGCAGCUGUCAGCUCUGAAUCUUGAACUGAAAUGCAGUUGCACUGGGGGGGGGGGGGGGGGGGGGGGUGUGGGAUGGGGGGAGGGGGUCUCUCUGUCAAAGUUGCUGGCUUGCCGUAGAGAGCCACUUCUAGCCUAAAACACCAGAAUAGAACUCAAGAGGUCUGGCAGGAUAAUAAGAAGGCCCGUCAUCAUUUUGUUUCAUCUGCCAAGCCCUAUUCAUAUUUUGGAGCAUUGAGGAAGAGACUGCAGGAGAGGCCGUGCCUCUGUUCACAGAAACAUGUGAGAAGAAGAAUUUGGAAGAAGUGCUUCAUCGUGACCUCUUAUGGGGAAACAUGAAAAGCAAGAUCUGGUUCCCUUCUGGGAAAGGCCAGAGCCUUGGGUCUUCCUGCUCUGCUUUUGGGUCAUCACUUUGCUACCUUGGCUCUGUUCUGUGAUCAGAGUCAUAAUUACAUUCUCCAAAGGCCAAUUUUAAUUAACUCUAUGAUUAAUUAGGAUCAAUGAGCCAAACUAGUAACCUCUUUGUCCAGCCUUGGCUUACAGUGCAGGGUGGAUUGCAGACCUUAAAAGAAGCUAACUGAAUACACAGAAAAGCUCCCUGUGAGUGUAAAUAUUAAGGAUGACCUGUGCAAAAUUAUUCCCACACCAGCACUAGUAGUAAUGAUUCUAAAUUAUUGCCAAAAAGUUUUUUUUAAUCUUCUGUGUCUUUCAAGUUUACAGAAAGCAGUAAAUGCUGUGUCAUUUUAUUAUGUACAUCUAAUAUGUGCAUUCAGAGAAGCUGUGUGACAAGAUGUAUCAUUAUAAAAACAAGGUAAUAUUACUUAUUUUUCAAAAACAAAAAAAUAUUGUGGUCAAUUAUACCCUGUAAAACAGAUUUCUGUAUUUAUAGAUUUUAAACAUGGUGAAUUUUUUUUCUAUUACAAGUUUAUUUAAAAUGCUUUGUUUCUCAAAUUGUUAUUAACUUAGCAAGUGAAUGAACUGCUGCAGGUAGAAGCAGACAGAAGCUGAGAACCUGUUGUUUGAUGAUGGGGGGGAAGAGUGAAUCAUUCUCUGCAGGAGCCUUCGGCCACAACUUUGGUCUUGGUCGGUGGGUUGAAGCAAGAGAUCUGUUAAGUGCUGGCCUGUGGGAAGAAAGUGAAUGUUUUGAUGAAAUGAAUGUUUUUGUAUAAAGGCCUUAAACUUUUCUGGAAGCAUUUCAAAUAAAUUACAUUAAAAUGUCAUUCUCUCAGUGUA